GACGACGGCGCUUGGUGCUGGAGCGACUCAGACACUCGACUGGCAGGACUUUUCGUAACGCCGAAGCCAAACCACACCGACUGAAGGAGCCAUGGCCACGUUAACAGAACUCGCAGACCUAGACAGCGGUGUUGCAAGCAGCGAGGCAACACCAGAGAGCCAGACGACGGCGGAGGAGACUGCAAAAGCCGUCGGAAAAGCGGUGGAAGCUGCGGCGGCUCAGGUGUCGUCUGCUGAGGAGAAGAAGGUGUCCACGCUUCCUUUGGACGAAGACGAGGACGAGGAAGAGGACGAGGAAUUUGACGAAAGCUUUGCUGAAAGAGUAUGGGGCCUCACAGAAAUGUUCCCAGAACGUCUCCGCACGGGCAGCGCCAAUGCAGUUUCAUCCUCUGUCAGAUUAGUGAAAGGUGCUUAUGACCUAAGCCGACAGGUUGUGUGGAUAGCAGUGAGCACAUCAAUCCUCCUGUUUGCUCCUGUAAUGUUUGAGAUAGAAAGACUUAAUGUAGAAGAGAUGAUGAAACAGGAUAGAAACCGGGUAAGUAGAUAUUAUGUAUAUUUUUUUUUCCUCUUUUUUUCUAGAGGGGUAAUCUCAUUAAUGAGUGGUAGACUUGUUGUCAUAAACUUUAUUCCAGUAAAUUACCUAAUUUCUUAAACAAAAGCUUAAGGA